CGGGACCCGGAUUAAAUAUGUCUGCGCCCGUAAAGCACGCUUAUUAACACGGAAGCUUGCCAACAGGGAGCAAUUUAUGUAAAUUACAAAGGUGAUCAACUAGUCUUCCUUCACAUUGGUCCCAAUGGCUGUGAAGGCAGCAUGGGAUACUUUCCACAUCCUCCUGUCUGGGCUGCUCAUACUGUGUAUCAAAGAGCAUACGGAUUCUGAGGACAUAACAGCCAACUGUCCUGAGACCUGUCUCUGCUACACCCCGGCUCUAAGCAACGGCCUCCUUGUCAACUGCAGUCACAGGGGUUUGGAGCAAGUGCCACAAAUGUUCCCUGUGAAUGCUGUGGAGAUCCACUUAGAUCACAACUCAAUUGAGACUUUGGGUCCCCUUCCCUGUGAUGCAGUCCUCAAACUGAGGAAACUCUACCUCAACAACAAUGCAAUCAGCUUUGUGGCGAAGAAUGUAUUUGAGCUGUGCAAUAAUGGACACUUGGAAACCCUAGAUCUAUCCCAUAAUAACCUUAGUGUAUUUCCAGAUGGACUCCCUGCGUCUCUCACAUCUUUAAACUUGGGUUUCAAUGUAAUAGAAAAGUUGACAGGAAAACAUUUCAGAUAUCUGCAGCAACUACAGGAGCUGUCACUGAGAAAUAACUCCAUCCUCAGCCUGUCUGGUUCCACUUUUCAUUCAAAAGAGGGCAGCACUUUCCUACCAGACCUGAGGAGACUUCACCUGGACAAUAACAAGAUAAAUCUUGUAGAAGAAAAAGUAUUUUUAAAACUUUCUUCCUUGAGACAUUUAUCCCUUGCAGGAAACAAACUUGAAGUUUUAAAAGAUAAGGCACUCCAAGGACUUCACAUGUUGCAAGUGUUAGAUUUAAGAGCAAAUGCCAUAUCAGCCAUUGGUAGCAAAUCCUUUAAAGUCUUACACAGCCUUCAGUAUCUGUAUCUGAGCCACAAUAAUCUAACAGAGAUACCCAGAGGACUCCCCAUGUUGGAAUGGUUAGAUCUUACCCAUAACAACAUCGUCCAGGUCCAAGAAGAUAUCUCCAAGAGCAUCCUUUACCCCAUAGAAGUCUUUCUUCUGUCUCACAACCCACUGCAUUGUGACUGUAAAAUGCUGUGGUUGAAGGAGUUGUUCGACACGCGAGAAUACUUACUCAAGUUUCUGGACGGGGUGAAUUCGACUGAUUUCUACCCUACUUGCAUGACCCCCAGAGAACUGGAGGGAGAGUCAUGGGAGGUCUUAGGAGAUGAGGUGUUCAGCUGUGCUACAGAAAUGGGUCAAGACAGGGUCAGCAAUCAAAAUGAGGCCAACAGUAAUGAAGAGGUCAAGGGUCAUCAAGAGGUCAAUGAGGUCAAAAGGUCAGCUGUACUUUCAGAUGUGACUAUUCGUACUGUAAAGACUGAAGAAGAUGGAUCUGUGUAUAUCAAAUGGGUCUGUCUUGGGUGUAUUGAUAUUAUAGGAUAUGAACUUCUCUAUCACCCUGUAGGUAACCGAAAUAACCGAGCGAGCAUACAGGUUAGUCCAGAAGUUCAUGACUACUCUAUCAAGAAGCUGAGCCCUGGUGCUGUUUAUUUAAUCUGUGUGGUGGCUAGAGUAUCUUGGGAGGACAGGGUCAAGGUCAGUCUUGACCAAUGUACUGAAGUGACCACUGUAGAUAACCACGGCUGGAGUACACUGCUGACCUGGGACUUGGUGUAUGUGAUAUUGUACACUGCAGUUAUAGCUUCUGGUGUACUCUUAGGCCUAACUGUCCUCAGUGGUUUAGUGAUUGGUGCUAGCGUUUGGAGUCUGAAUAGACGUGAUCUUGGCGGUAGUUAUGGAAAGUCGCGGAUAGAAACACUUAGUGGCGAGUGCUAUCUCCACACAGAUAAUCUACUCCAAACUCUGCCGUCAUUCAUUGUGUUACUUCCAAACCUGGAGGAGGCGAACUUCCAAUCUAACAGGAUAAACUCACUCCAGAUCCAAGAUGUCAGCAAUGCCACCAUGACAAAUACCUAUUUCAAUUUAAACCUGAGGGAAAAUCACGUCACCGAAGUAACAAACUCGGAUUUUCUUCCCUUCGAAUCAGUGGAAAAUCUUGCCGUGGAUCUCGGCGAGAAUCAGAUUUCAAAAAUAGCUCCAGAAGCCUUCCGACCAAUCAAACGCUUUGUUUCAUUCGGCAUAGGGAAGAACAACAUCACGGAUGUGAUAAUUACGAGGUUAAGGCACACGCUGAUUGAAACGCUCGACUUGUCUUAUUGUCAAAUAAACAUCUCCGAGCUAAACUCAUCAGUUUUGAGACCCCUCUCUAAUUCAAAUGUACGCGAACUUUGCCUCACGGGUAACAAGAUAUCGGCAAUUGCUACAGACGUAUUUCAAUCUUUGCCGGUUAUUGAAAAAUUGGAUCUAACUUCGAGUAAAAUUGCCACCAUGCAUACAAGCUUCAAGACAAUGUCGUCGACGCUGAGGGAAUUGGAUAUGAGUAUCAACCUUUUCUCAGAUUUAGAACUUUUUAAAGCAGUGACUCUCAGCUUCCCGAAACUCCAAAAAUUAGUUGCCCGGCACAACGAGUUCGUAACUGUAAACACAGUGAUUUUUCCACCUCACCAGCAUCUAAAAGUAUUGGAUCUGUCGUAUAAUCGCUUAUAUGGAUAUCUCAACUUCACGCUCCUGACCAACUUACGUGAGUUGUAUUUAAAUGGGCUAUUUGGAAGUUUACCUUCUCCUUACACACAUCCGGGCCUUCAUCUAUUAAUAGUCCAAAACAUGACGUCACUAGUAAAAUUGCAGUACACGCACAACAAGGCUUGUGUACUGAGACACCACAUGAAUACAUCUGUAUUCGAAGGAUUAUCGACUAUUCGUGAAAUAGAUCUUACAGGUAAUUUUCUGUUCUGUAUGAUGAAAAAUGAGAUAUUUCCUCACAUUUUUAAAUCACAGUGUCCAGUACGGAAACUAAUCUUAGCUUCGAAUAGUAUCUCCAAACUCCCAAAAAACGUGUUCUCCAAUUUGCCUCACUUGCAACACUUGGACUUGUCGGACAAUAACAUGGAAAACGUCGGCGCCGUGUUUGAUUCUCUGACUUCGCUCGUUUCUUUGAAUCUUAGAAAAAACAAACUGGUGAAUUUCGAUAUAACUGCUGUAUUACGAAUGAAUCAACUUCACCACAUCCAUAUUGAGCUCAAUCGAUUUGUAUGUAGCUGCGAUUCCAGUUCGUUUUCUAAGUGGCUUCGUCAUACAACCACAUACGUAUAUGGAGCAAGACAGAAAUGUAGCGAGCCGGCCGAGUACCAAAACACCGCCCUGGAGGACUUUAACCCGCCUUGGAUUACAUGCGGAAACCACCUGAUCACUGUAGUCUUCUGUUGUAUCGGGGCCGGUGUUGUGGUGAUUGGAGCAGUGGCAGGUCUUGUGGCCUACUUUCGACUUGACAUUGUAUAUUGGUGUCAUCUAAAAAGACUUAACCGUCGGCGGCACGGAUAUAUCCGCUGCGGCGAUGGGCAAGUACAGUACGAAUAUGACGCAUUUGUCGCUCACAGCAGCAGGGAUGAGGAGUGGGUCGUGCGGCAGUUUCUCCCGCACGUGGAGGGUCAAGGUCAAGGACGACGCAUUGCCCAAGGUCAUUAUCAGGGACAAGGUAAUGACCAAGGUCAGGACAUCGUCUUUAACGUAUGUAUCCAUUCAAGGAACUUCCUACCGGGCGAUUACAUCAUAGAUAGUAUAGUGGAGAAAAUGGAGGCGAGCAAGGUGGGGAUAUUGAUCAUCUCGCAGCAUUUCCUUGAGAGUGAUUGGUGUCGUUACGAGGUCGACAUUGCUCAGGCCAAGGUACUGCGCGAGAGGCGUAAAUCGCUCAUUGUGGUGUUUCUAGAGAAGAUCCCACCCGAUCAACUCCCCAAGACGCUGCGGCUCAUGAAACGUCACGUGACCUACCUGGAGUGGCCGGAGGAGGAGAAUGACGGAAAAAAGGAAGAAUUCUGGAAAAAGUUGAAACUUGCUCUGUUAAAGAAAACUCGGCAAAUUGAUGAAGCUUUAAAUAUAGAGGAAGAGCAAGUGUGA